UUUGUAAGCUGGCCCGCCACGAUGGUGAUGGCCGGCUAUUGGUACUGCGAAUGAGUUUGUGCUUCCUGCCGCGACUGGGCCUUCGGAAUCUCCGCGCACGAACGAAAGCUACCAUUGUCGCUGCCACCAAGUGGCGAGAGACAUACCGUCAGCUGUUUCAGGAGGCCGAUACGGACAACAAUGGCCUGUUGGACCCAGAGGAGGUCAAGAAGCUUCUCCGCGAGAGAAACCAGGCUUCCGACUUGAAUGUCUCGGAGGAGUACAUUGAUCAGUGCAUUGCACAGGCUGAUACGAAUUCGGAUGGCAAAAUCGACAUUGAUGAAUUCGUCCACCUUAUGGUGACGCAUUUGCCUGAUGCCCGUAUUGCCGCAGAUUCCGAAUUCACGACAAAUCUUCAUAAUUGCAGGCUCUCAUGGUCACAGGAAAGAACGCAACGCUUGGCAGGGGCUGUGCUGCAGUCAGCUCUGGACCGCCCUGCUGUCCAAAGGCUGGCUGUUUGCUUGCUGACCACCCUUGGUGCUGGAAUGGUUGAAGGCUUGCUUCUGGUGGAACUGUCCCAUGCCGCUUCUCUUCACUUUGUCGUGCGGUAUGCCGCAGAACAGCUUCUUCCAUCAGUGGUGUGGUGCACACAAGACGCCAAACUUAUAGCUCAAGCAAUGGGCUAUGAUGUGAAGGAGCUGCUUAUGCACUUAGAAGGCCCAGAUGCAGCAUGGAGGUUACUUGCUGCCGGUCAGUGCCACGCAGUGCGCAGUGUGGCAGCCGGCUUUGGGCUGCUGGGUCAGCUUUUCCGUGUUACGCAGAUCACAAACAUCAUUUUGAAGCAAUUUCAGCAGCGAGUCAGAAUGGGCCAGGAGGUGCCAUUAUCGUCUGGUGCAGAAGAGCGGGUUAUUCGGCUCUGCGGGAAAUUUUCAUAUGCAACAUACACUACGAUCUCACGAAGUGGCAAAUAUCACAUCCUGCUCAUCCUGGAUUCGCCAAGUAUGCAAAUGCUCGUGGACAGGCUUACUCAUGGAUUCAAGUACCCACUGUUUCUCAGUGUUCCAGCCAAGCUUUGGGGCCAGCCGGAGGCGUGGAAGCUGUCGCUGGGCGCUGCAGUUCGGCCAACGUGGCUCUUGCGCGGCCUGGCUGACAGUCGCAUCCUCUGCUUGGAGGUUGAUGGCACGGAGCGUCGAGAGAUUCUGCUCUUUGGUCGGACCCGCAAAAUUGGGAUCGAACAAGCUAGCAAUGCAUUUCGUGCCAUCUCCUUCGUGGUGCUGCGGAGUCUGUCUGAACAGGGCAUUGACCCGUCUUCAGUUCGCCUUCUGCGUGUGUAUCUUGGAGAUAGUUAUGAGCGGUCAACUACAGGAGCUGGUGUGCGCUUCACUUGUCGGGAACGCAUCGAAUCGCGCUGUGAAGCUGAUGUUUUGGUGGACUUCCACGCGCCGAUCCUGAGGCGACUGCGGCUUUGGGCGUUGGAUUUCGCGGUACUGGCACCAGUUGCUGAUGGCGAUCCACUUCCAACCUUCUGCUUCGAGACGACAUGCCAGGAGAGAUUUCAAAAUGUUGCUCACCUUAUGCGUGACACUGCGCAAGUGGUGGACCAAGUGGCUGCGGUAAAACUUCGCAAAUCGCUUGGCCAGCCUUUGCCAAGGCUUAUCCACUACCCCUCUACUGCAGCAACCGUCAAUGCUGCCUAUGCCCUUGCACGCCCCGAUGAGAGGAAUUGUGAUCCAAAGCAGACACUGGUCCUAUGUGAGCGAGAUUGGGGUGCGCAAGAGGUGAGGAAUCUCAAUGCCGGGUUCCAGGUCUUGUCAGCUGCAGAAAUCAUUGACGACCUGCUGCGCGAGGUUCGGCAGUGGGCAAGGCAUGGGUUCACAGGCCCGGAGAUUCAAGCCGAACUGGAUCUCCGCGAUGCCGUGACCUUGAAGUUGCUGCGGAGCGCGAUGCAUGCGAGUGUUUGCAAUAGCAGCGGCAGCAGUCAGUGAA